GUGCGAAACUUGAGCGUGGUUGUUGCACUUCACUUACACUCACACUCACACUCAAACUUGUUCCACGCUUUCUUCUUUUUAUUUUUUUUUAUUUUUUUUAUUUUUAUUUUUCUCUUUUCAUUCUUGACAAAAUUCCCAGAUUUUUCCCUUGAUACACGCUGAUCCUUUGCGCGUUCUCUCUCAAUACCUUCUGGUCACUUUCAUUCUAGUCCAUCACCGUCUCAACGUUGCAGAAAAGUUUUUGCGUCGUGGGUAACUUGCGGGGUGUCGGUUUAAGCUUUGAUCCGAGGAACUGAGAAGAUCUCUAGUUUCUUGGAAAUUGGGUUUGUCCAGAUGAAGUCCACUAUGUCUCAGAAUCAGAGUAAUUGGGAAGCGGAUAAAAUGCUUGAUGUUUAUAUUUACGAUUAUUUAAUGAAAAGAAAAUUACAUGCCGCUGCAAAAGCUUUUGUUACAGAAGGAAAAGUUUCCACGGAUCCAGUAGCAAUUGAUGCACCUGGAGGAUUUCUUUACGAGUGGUGGUCUGUCUUUUGGGACAUAUUCAUCUCAAGGACAAAUGAAAAACAUUCUGAGGCUGCUGCAGCGUACAUUGAGCAAACAAAAGCUAGAGAACAACAACUUCAAAUUCAGCAAUUGCAACUAAUGCAGCAACGCAGUGCUCAGUUACAGCGAAGAGAUCCUAAUCAUCCUGCCCUUGGUGGUUCCAUAAAUGCCAUGAACUCUGAAGGAAUGUUGGGGCAGUCACCAGCAAGUGUGAUGGCAAUGAAAAUGUAUGAAGACCGAAUUAAACUCCCUCAUUCAAUGGAUUCAGAAGCAUCUCCAACUCUUAUUGAUGCCAAUAGGAUGGCCCUACUCAAAUCAACAGCUAGUCAUCAAGGCCAAUUUGUUCAUGGAAAUUCAGGGAAUAUGUCCACCGCAUUGCAGCAAAUUCCGGGGCGGACUCCUUUGACCACUGACAUCAAAGGGGAAGUUAAUUUAGUUGCUUCUCAAAAGAGUUUGCCUAUGGAUACAUCAGUAUAUCGACAAGCAAUUUUACAAUCAAAAUCUGGGCUAGGCAGUGCAGGAUUAAAUCAAGGAGUUACAAGUCUUCCAUUGAAGGGCUGGCCUCUAGCUGGAAUUGAUCAACUAAGACCUAAUUUGGGCGUACAAGUUCCGAAACCCAAUUUGACAUCCCAAAACCAAUUUGUUUUGGCAUCACAACAGCAACAAGUCAUGGCACAGGCUCAUUCGCAAAAUAGCCUUGGAAAUUCUAAUUAUGGUGAUAUGGAUCCUCGCAGACUUUCUGGUCUUCCUCGAGGUAGCUUAAGUGCAAAGGAUGGUCAGUCUACCAGCCAAAUGCAGUCAGAUUCACCUAAGAUGAAGAUGGCCCAGUCACAACAUUCACCAUCUCAACAACAGGAGCAAUUACAGCAGCAGCAACUUCAGCAGAAUAACAGAAAAAGAAAACAACACUCUGGUGCUGGAUAUAGCACUGGUACUGGUAACACUGCUGUUCCUUCACCCAAUUCACCGCCAUCAACACAUACACCUGGUGAUGGAUUAAAUACAGCCAGCAGCAUGCAGCAUGUUAGCAGUGUGCAAAAGAGCAUGAUGAUGUAUGGUACAGAGGCAGCAGGAGGCGUUGCAUCAUCGUCAAAUUUGCUGGAGGACAUGGAGCGAUAUGGAGAUGUUGAUGCUUUAGAUGAUACCGUGGAAUCCUUUCUAUCAAAUGAUGGUGGAGAUGGUGGAAAUCUCUAUGGAACAGUGAAACAAAGUCCAGCUGAUCAACAGAAAGAGUCUUCAAAAGGUUUCACCUUUGCUGAAUUUGGUUGCAUAAGAACAAGGUGCAGCAAGGUUACUUCUUGUCACUUUUCUUCAGAUGGAAAGUGGCUUGCCAGUGCUGGAGAUGACAUGAAGGUUGUCAUGUGGAACAUGGACACUUUACAGACCGAGAGCACUCCUGCAGAACACAAAUCAAUUAUUACAGAUGUUCGGUUCAGACCAAAUUCACCUCAGUUGGCAACUGCCUCAAUUGAUAAAUCUGUCCGGUUAUGGGACACAACCAAUCCAAGCCGUUGUGUGCGGGAAUAUAGUGGGCACACUAGACCUAUAAUGUCUCUUGAUUUCCAUCCUAAGAAGACUGAACUUUUCUGCUUCUGUGAUGGUGAAAAUGAAAUUCGGUAUUGGAAUAUUACUUCGUCCACCUGCACACGUGUAACUAAGGUAGCUAGUGCACAAGUGAGGUUUCAGCCUAGACUGGGACAUUUCCUGGCAGCGGCUUCUGAUAAAGGAGUAUCAAUUUUUGAUGUUGAAGCUGACUCACAAAUUUACUCUCUCCAGGGUCAUCCUGAACCGGUGAGCUAUAUUUGCUGGGAUGCGACCGGUGACGCCUUGGCAUCUGUGAGUCCAAAUUUGGUGAAGGUUUGGAGUUUGACCUCAGGAGAAUGCUUUCAGGAGUUCAACUCCACUGGGAACCAAUUUCAUUCCUGUGUUUUUCAUCCAAGUUAUUCAACUUUAUUGGUGAUUGGAGGAAAUUCGUCCUUAGAGUUAUGGAACAUGUCCGAGAACAAAAGCAUGACAAUUGGUGCUCAUGAAAACAUAAUAUCUUCUUUGGCUCAGUCUCCUGUCACUGGAAUGGUUGCCUCUGCAAGUUAUGACAACUAUGUAAAGCUGUGGAAAUAAUUUCCUGAUUUAGGUUCUAACAUCACUUAUAUAUAUAUAUACACACAUAUAUUCUUUGUCAGUAGUCUUUUAUAUCCAAAAGAAUUCAGAGACCUAUAUUGAAAGCAAAAAGGGAUCUCUGAACCUAGUUUUCUUUUUUAUAUAAUAGUGGCAAUGAGGUUUGAACCUAUCCAAACCCCUCACCAUUAACUCAAUCUUAGUUGCUUUUACGGAACGGAGACGUUGCAAUAAUACUAGACUGGUAGUACAUAAAUAUAAAUUCAAUUUUGCUUUUAGAAUCCUAAGCACUGUCAACUUUGCACUAAUCUGCAAUGCAAUUUUAUUUUAUAUGUUUAAUAUAUUUUAUUUGGAUUGUGAACA